GAGCGCCACACGGCGGCCCUCCGCGUGGCGAGGCAAAUCUGCGCCCGCGGGGUGGCGGCACUGGACCAAAAGGCGAGCAGCGACGUCUUUCUCAGAGCCGUCCACGUUGUCGCGGAGGAGCCACCAGUGACGACGGCGGUGGAACAGGAGGCUUUCGUACCGUACCGCGCGGUUGGUGGCAUACUCGCGCGCUGUCUGCGCACGCGUGUCCCGCUCAACGGCACGGCGGCGACGCGGUCCACUACCUCUUCGGACGUGGCGGGGCGCUGGCCUGCUGGCUAACGCUGGUACUCGCGGAUGGGUGCGUGGUGCAGCACGCGUUCUUUGGUCUCGCCGCGGGCCGCGAUGCGGAGCCGUUGCGUUUCACCACUGCGCUGACGGCGAAGGCAGCGGCGGCGGAGCGGGAGGGGCCUUUCAGCGGCGCGUCGUCGUCGGGGACGCACAGCCCCUUCUUUCCGCCCUCUCAUGCCGCGACCGUCGCCGGGUCCGGCUCUCCGCUUGAGGGGAGCGACGACGGGGCGGCCGCGACGGAUCGUCGGACCGCCGGAAGGAGCGCGAACGUCAGCACGGCGCAGGAGGCGCCGGCGCCGUCUGGGGGAGCCGACCCCCAGCGAGGGGAGGGGAACGGAGCGGCGGUGCUGAUGCUGCCCUCCGACGCCGCCGUGUCGGCCCCCGCCCCUCUGCCACCACCGCCGGCGUCGGAGCCAACGCGACCCGCUGGAGAGGAGUCGUCCGCCGCGCCAGUGGCCAGUGCCGCUCCGCCAUUGCAGUCGACGCCCCGCAGCGGCGAUGACGACGACGACGACAUCCCGUGGCCGCCGCCGCCGCCCGCGAUGCGCUCCGGCGUUGUGGCGACGACCGUCCCCUCCCCGUCCCCCUCCCCUGCGCGCGUGCCACGCAGCCAGCUCAACCGCGGCGAGGGCACGACGCAGGCACGGCUGACUUCCCGAGCCUCACGAGCCAGCAGCGCGCAGACUGGGCACGGCGCUGCCUCGGGUCGCCAUACCGAGAGGAGCUGUGGCGCCUCGGUGACGCGGCCAUGA